GAGCACAGCCUGGAAGCUUCCUUCAGUCAAGCAGGAGCCAGUAGCCACUUUCUGGGAGCCAGAACUGGGAGGCUGCUCUUUAGCCCUGGGAUGAAUGGCUCUCCUGUUCCAGUUGUGGGCCCACCCUCCUCCCAAGGUGCCAACCACCCUUGGGCCCCAUAGCAAGAGCCAGGAUGGAGGCCCCUCCAAGAAGCCACUGUGGAGAGCCUUCCUGGGAAAGGGUGGUACCUGCAUGAGGAAGGGAGGUCUCCUGGUCCUUUGGCACUAGUGUAGUUUCUUGACCUCCUCCCCCCCCCGGGGGGGGGAACUGGUGUGCUCUGAUUCUAGUGGGGUUGAAAGUGAGGCAUGAGGAAAGGUCGGUGGGUCAUAGAAUUUGGCUUCCCAGUUAGUUCAUCAGCACCCUGAAAUUCCAGGGGCUCGUGGUGCAUGUUGUGGGCAGAGGUUAUGCCUAGCUGCGGCCUGACCAGUGCUUCCAAGCUAGGAAGGAAGGGGACCAUCCGAACUCUGACCACUGCAUCCCCUCACGCCCUUUUGUUUGUUUUUUGAGACAGGGUUUCUCUGUGUGGCCCUAGCUAUCCUGGAACUCACUUUGUAGACCAGGCUGGGCCUCGAACUCACAGAGAUGGAGGAGUGCUGGGAUUAAAAGGGAGCAACACACACCCAGCCUCCUGCCCCUCCCCCCACUAGGCUAAGCAGAGGGGAGAGCCAGAUCCAGACUUAGUAAGGAAGGUGCAUAUGAAGAUGCCACGCGGGUAAAGAAUUCCCCUAAUCACAGGCACACAUACACGUGGGGGGGGUUAGAAAAGAGUGAGCCCCAAGGAGCGAGGAGGGGUGUGUCUGUGGGUAGUUUGGUCGCCAUGGCAAGGCUGGAGGGGUUUCGGGUGAAGUACGAGGAGAGCAAGGUGUUGGCUGGGGCCGCUUCCCGCGCGGGUGCGCGUGGGUCCGGAGCGUUCCGCAGCGCCCUCUGGUGGGAGGCAGCCGCGCUUCUGAGGUCAGCGGCCUACCAG